UACGCCGCUUGCUCGCGAUAUAUCAUCUGUUGCGGAUAAUCUUAAAAUCCUCCUCCUUUCCAUUACAUACCGAAGUUACAUAACAAAAACAUGGAAUACUCGGAUUCAGACAGACUCUACAAAUUCUUUGAUGGAGCUGUGAGCGUCAGGGUUUUCGACAAACCUGAGCAUGCUUAUUGCUUCGAGGCCUCGUUCCGACCAGACCACCCACUUGCCUCAUCACUAUUUUCGCGGAAGCCACCCUUACAUUUUCAUCCCUACCAAGACGAACAAAUCAAGGUUCUUUCAGGUCAACUUAUAGUCGACGUCGAGGGCCAGGAACAUCGAUUAUCACCGAACGAUGCGGAAUUACGAGUACGCCGAUGGGCUCAUCAUCGCCUACGCCCUUCAAUGGAUGAUCCGGAAAAAGUAGAGAUCAGAGCUCUAGUAACGGGUCAAAAAUCAUCUCAACUAUUCAGAGAAGAUGUCCUUUUCCUCGAGAACUGGUAUAGGUACCAGGACGACAUCGUGAUGAACAAGAAAAAGGUAGAGCUACUCCAAAUCCUGGCUAUGUUCGAUGCCGGUGGUACAUAUCUCUCGUUUCCGACGUGGAUCCCAUUUGGUAAAACCAUCUCGCGAAUAACUGGUAUAGUCUUGGGCAGGUGGCUCGGUGGUAUGUUGGGAUAUCAGCCCUUCUACCGCGAGUGGUCAACGGAUUGGAAUCUAGCCUGUCUGAAGAUGGAGAGUUCUAAUUUUCAAAAGCGUUUCGCAAAUAGAGCCAGAACGGAAUGAGAAAGUGUCCGGCUAAG